AUGACAGAAGCUACUAGUAGUGGUAGUGGUAGUAGUACUACUACAACAGGCAAGAAGAAACCAAGCCUGCUGGUAGACUACAGCAAGUCUUCUUGCAAAGAGCUGGGAGUGGUCAGGUCUGCUUCAGCUCAUGGGAUGAGUUUGAGUGGGAUGGCAAGAGUACAUGCAGGCCACUUGCGAGCUAGCACUGGUUCCAUUCCAGUUCCGUCAGUGCGCUCCAGCACUCGCACUGGUACUUCCAGUAGCAGUCGAAGGUUUUUGUUGGGUCGCAAUAAGAGCGAAUCUCACUUGAAAGGCACCAGAAAAGAAAGACUCAUCAAGAUUCUAGACCAAGCUACUAGUACUGCUCAAGUACAGUUGCCCUUGCAUGUUCCUGCAUCUGAGCCUGUACAGGUAGAUGCAACUGCUCAAGAAGGCACUACUAGUAGUACUAGUAGAGAAGAAAUCACUUUUUGUGUCAAGAGAACCUCUGAUCCAAUCAUGACACACUUGGGAGACAGCAGUGCUGGUGGAAGCACUGGUAGAAGCAGUAGCAAUAGCAAUAGCAAUAGCAAUAGCAAUGACUUGAAUGCAAGUUCAGAUACUUUGCAAGCUUCAGAAGGAUCUCAAGAUACUCAAGGCUCAGACAGUACACGCAUUCACAUUCGAAGGAGACACCUACAUGUACAAGAAGACACCACAGGUAUACAUACCAGCACUGCAAUGACUCCAAUGAUGUCAUGCAGUGCCACAAUCACCAUGCCCAAGAGAAGCUACCAUUCUCUACUGGACACUAGUGUGCACAGCACCUUUUUGCCCUCCAAGAACAACCCCACCAGGAUUUUCAGAUCAAGGUCUUCAAGGGUGGCUAACAGAUCCCACAGCAUCAGCAGGAAUGCCGUGCAAAACAUCAAGGGAACUCAAGACACUCAAGAUGACCUUAUUACUAGUAGUAAUAACCUCAAUGUAUCGUCUUUGGCAAACUGCUACAGCUACAGCUACAGCUACAGGCAACCAAACAAAAAUGAAAAUACUGAAGAACCCGUUCCUCGCACUCCUCAUUCCAAAGAAGAUGAAGAAGAAGAUGAUGGAGACAGCUUUUGCAAUGACUCGUCUUGUGAGCGAUCGGCUCAUCCUCAUGCCCAUUCCCAUGCUCAUGGACACAACAACAACAACAAUGUCACGCAACAAGUCAAACCUGCCAAGGACCUGGUGGAUCAACUUCAUAACGACGACAUUCCCCUAGAGAUCACCACCAGCCCCAAGACCAACAAGCGAGAAACCAGGCGUAGUGCCAUGACACGGCAAAAGUCGCAGCCACUUCUAUUGCCACGUCAACGAUCUUUCAAGGACCUAAAGGCAUCCAAGCACAAGGCGAAGACAAGACCUGUAUUGGCCAAACAGGGAUCAUUCACCACCAGGCAGGCAGAGUUCGCUGCUUUGGAAGCAAUCAUGGGAAAAACAAGGUUGCCCAACAACACUUCUACAUGUACUACUGCCAGUACCGGUAGAAGAACCAAACUCAGACGAUCCCAAUCACUCGAAGGAAGUGGAUUCACACCCUCUUCUCCUUCUACUACUUCUAAAAGUACCAUGGACACUACUAAAAGUACCAUGGACACAAGCAAAUUUGAACGACGACCCAUUGGACUGGUCAGCCCUGCUGCUGCCGUCGCACGCAAUGGGUUCCUCCGAAACAGCGGCGGUGCGGCUUCUUCUUCGGCGCAACGAAGACGAAUGAUGAUGCUGGCUAACUCGGGCAAGAAGACUAAAAGAGCUCAGAGCAUGCGACAUCUCAACAGCAAACCAUCAUCAUCGGCCAACAGCAGCAGCAACAGCAACAGGGAUGAGUUGGCAACCACCAGACACAACUCGUCGUCCACAGAACACAACCCCAGACGCGCUUCUUCCAUGGACAAACGAGGACACAUGCUGCGGCAAGGAUCCUUUGUCGCCGGAUCUCGCAUGAGAACACUCAGAGCAUAG